UCUCUCCCUUUUUCUAACCCAUUUAACCCCCACCCUCUCUCCUCCAUUCCAAACGUAACCACCAUGUGCAGCCAACGAAUUGUCUGUCCCAUUAUUUUCGUUUGUCUGUCCCAUACCACUCCUUCGCCCCCCCUCUCCAUCGAAGUUCGGCGCUCCCACUCUCCAUCGAAGUUCGGCGCUCCCCCUCUCCAUCGAAGUCCGUCGCUACUUCCUCUGGCGUCUGCGCGGAACUACGAAAGUCAGACGACCCCUUGGCGGCGAGGAAAUGGUUCGCACUUCAUUGACGGAAAUGACUCAAAGGAUGGAAUUGCAAAUUCCUCUCAAAGAACACUUUCCCGCGCAGUACUCUGUACGGUCUGCCUUCUUAGAGGCCUUGGAACUCCUUAGUGAAUGCCUUACAUUGAAGCAGUGGUUGAUGCUCACAAAGACGCCUUUUGGACACUUGCUUGAUGUUGCACAGCUACAAUUCUAUGCUCGACUAAUUCAUCUGUUAUUGUUACGCCUUGUUCGUGAUCGGCCCGAGGAUGAGAUGUGGUUUUGCCGUGGAUGGAAAGUUGAUGAAAUUCACAUAUGAUGACUUUAAGAGGAUAACUGCUAUCCAAGAUCCUGUCAAGUGGCCAGCGUAUGAUGUUGAUGGCCGGUUGGGAGUCGUUGACAAAUACUUGGCGGAUGUGAUGAUGUAAGUUAUGGCAAGUUGAAGGCGAAGAUCAUAGAACUCAGCGAUACCCCCCAUGAUGAAGAAGAUUUCAUGGACCGUGUGAAGUUAGGUUCUUUGUUUUUGGUCAAUUGUUGUAAAACUCAUACACCGCGUAUUUUUUGUAACCGGGAAUCCUACAGUUCUACCAUAUUUUUUUGUAAAACUCAUACACCGCGUCUGUGCUUUCAAACUUCAUGCCCACUUCCGGAACAACCACACUAACAUCUCCUUCAUCGACUUCUUGUGC